CGAUAUAGUUACGAUUUGCGUGGGACCGCCCCAUUCACCUAAGAAGCGGGCCUAUUGGCCGCCCCACCCGCUGGUAAAUUGCGAGUGGGGCGCGCGUCCUAGCUGGAUUUAGGCCAUCUGUUUUUGAUUAAAAUUGCAAGUCCGUGUGUCGCGCUCCCCUAAACGUUGGCGCGCCAUAAUGGCGAUUGAUAAAGCACCGACAAAUGUGCGAAUUUGGAGCGAUGGCGUCACGGAGAAGGGCAAGCAAAGCAUCUUCUCAUCGCUGGUGGCUAUGUUGACGCUCUUCAUCUACUGUGGCUGGAUGCAUGUGCUGCUGGCGCUUGUGAUCCUGUCCUUCUGGUACCGCUGGGCGCUGGUGACGGUGCUGCUGCUGUACUCCACCCUGCUGCUGCCGCCUAAGCCGGUGCUGUGGGGACCGGUCUGUCGCUCCUGGAUCUUCCAGACCUGGCGGGAGUACUUCAAGUUCUCUUACGUGUUUGAUGAGGUGCUGGACUCGAAGAAGAAGUACAUCUUCGCGGAGUUCCCGCACGGUGUCUUCCCCAUGGGCCCACUCAUUGGCGCCACAGAAUGCCAGAUCAUGUUUCCCGGCUUUGACAUCUUCGGGCUGGCGGCGAAUGUGGUGUUCACGGUCCCCUUCUGGCGGCAUUUCGUGGCGUGGCUGGGCUCCGUGCCGGCCACCACACGCGACUUCAAGCGGGUGCUGAAGCAAGGAAGCGUGGCGGUCAUCGUGGGAGGCAUCGCAGAGAUGUACAUGCAGAGCCCCACGAAGGAGCAGAUCAUGUUGAAGGACCGCAAGGGCUUUGUUCGUGUGGCGGUGGAGGAGGGCGUGGAUGGCGGCAUCGUGCCGGUCUACCACUUUGGCAACUCUCAGGUGCUGGACUUCGGCCCCCAGGCCAUGGCCAGUGUGUCCCGCCGGCUGCGUGCGGCCCUGGGCUUCCUGUACGGAGUGGCCUACCUGCCCCUGCCCAGGCGCCGCAACAUUUACAUGGUGUGCGGCAAGCCCGUUCCCGUCACGCGCACCGCCCGCGACGACCCCAAGUUUGAGGAGGUGGUUGACGCCACUCACGCCGCUGUGAUGGCGGCCCUGCAGGAGGCCUACGACCGCCACAAGACCGAGUACGGCUGGGCCGACCGACCGCUGGUCAUCAGCUGAGCGGGCGGCGGUUGAAUGGCUGGGAUCUGUUGCUGGUGCUGAUUUGUAAGUGUGGCUUGGCGCAAUACAGGCGGCGGCAGCAGUGGCGGCGGCAGCACCCAGGGUAGCAGGAGCUGCGCAGCCGAAAGUGAAGGCGCUGGGAGAGUUGUGCGUGCAACACAGAGAGGGAGGGAAAGGGCGACCAGAGGCCAAGGGGAGACCACGCAGCGCGUCGCAGCGACAUGGGCAUGCGUAGUGUGCUGACGGCCGCAGUCUGAGAGGGAAGUGUGAAAGUCAGGAAUGAGGCUUUCUGGGGACGCACGCGCGCAUGCAUGGCCUCAGCUGGUGGCCAUGACUCCGGUGCGGGACUGCGGGCAUAGGUUCCGUUCCUAGUUGAGGCGUUACACAUGAGGCGUUACAGGGUGUUGCGUGUUGCGGUGAAGACUUCUGAGUUGCUAUGCUGAGGGUCAUGAGGGGCACAGCAAGAAAACCUUGCGGCGAGUGCAGAGACCUGUACAGGAGUUUUGCAGUGUUGCCCCAACAAGGAAGUUUGUGCGUGGUGAAGCUUUUGCUGUGCGGUCUGCUGGUUGGGAGGUCUGCCGUCUGCACCAUGCAUUCAUGAGGCAAAAGGCAUACGUACGCACGAGCACAUCAAGAGGAAAGCUUCAAGGUAUGCUACGGCAUGGGUGCGUGUGGGUGUUUGUCAUCAGAGCCUGUGGUCGCCAUGGAAAGGCACUACUGGCUGUGUGGGGAUUGAGACUGGGUAACCGGUAACGAGGCAUAACGGCACAAGGCCGGGAGUGGGUAAAGUGGGCGUUGGAACUGAUGUGGUGUUGCUGUGGCGUCACCAGCUGGCGCAGGCACUUCCAUCAAACUGAAUCGGUUGAUGUUAUAUCCGCUGUGUAAGUUUAAUUGCUU